AUGGCUUCUCACUAUUUCUUGUUAGUUCUGAUCUUUCUGGAUUUACAUGAAGUCCAUCCAUCUUGUCUGUCAGGCUGUACCUACUCAGAAGAGAAUUUUGAAAGAUGUGCUAUGAUUCUGACAUGUACAUCUAUCUCUUUGGGAGAAAUCUCAGUAAAUCUUUCUGAAGAGGUCAAGCAAAUAAAAAUUAAUCAUUCAUCGUUAUAAACUGAAUAUUGCAGAGGGUUUUUCACAAACAUGAAAACCUCCAAAUAUUUCUGGCUUAACUUUAACUAUGUCACCUCUAGAUCUGACAGCACAGAUAAUUUACAGUCACCCACCAAGAUCCACCUAGGAGCCCUGGAGCAGAUGUCAGAACAGAGACUGGAGGGUAACCAACUCCAUUCAGUACCAUGGACAGUUUUUGUGUAUCCCACAAUUAAGGGUUUUUAUCUCAAGCACAACAGGACUGAUGGACCUUCUGAACUUGCUUUUCAGUUCUUGGUCAAUUUGACCAACCUUUAUCUAUCCUUCAAAAGGCUUACAGUUGUGUUCAAGAGUGUCUUCUUGAAUUGGCUGGCCUACCAGAUACCCCAGGAAUCGUCUGGAGCUGAGAUCUUCUCCAGCCUGAAACUGGCAUUGUAUGACAAUCCUUGGCUCUGUGAUAAGAAGCUUUGUUCAUUUUUUAAGGUCAUCAGUCUCCCAGUCAUCCUGAUAAAUCUAUACCUGAUGACCUAUACCUUUCUUUUUAAGAAAGGACAGGUUUUUCAUAAAACUGAGCCUACAACCACCUCCUUGACUGCAGAAAAUGCUGAUCUAUUGAAGCUGGAGAUAUCAGCUACUCACCUGGUAGGGAGCAAUUAUACCUGUGUGGCCUCCAACCCCAAGAUUAGGAGUACACUUGUCAUCUCCUUUCAUGUCCAGCCUGCAGAAGACUGUGUGGGAACAGAGCCAUAG